AUUAGGUUUGUCGACAGUGUCCCGGGGCGCGUUCUGUGACGUCACCAGCCAUCUGGGGGAAAGAUGGCGGCCGAGAGCGAUGUCCUGUGUGAGAUUGAGGUUCUGCAGUCCAUCUAUCUGGAUGAGCUGACGGUCACACAGAAUGAUGAAGGAGGAUGGAGAGUCAGUGUGAUCCUUCACCCCUCCACCGGAGAAGACUGUCUGGCGCAGUUUGUCCGGCUCACGCUCACGCUGGACCUGGAUUCAGAGCGGGAGGAUGCUGCAGUCACUGGCGAGUUUAAAAGAAAGUGGGCGGAGCUACAGAAGAUUCUGGAACGUCAGAGAGAGAAAGGAGGAGUCAUCGACCCCGAGGCUGAGUCGAAUCGCUUCCUCAUUCACAUUAACCAUGCCCCCGCUGACUCCUCAGACCCCGCCUCGGCCGACGCUCCAGACCCUGACUCCGCCCAACCGCCGCCUCAUCCUCUCCCUCCUGAGGGCUCCAAUCAGAACCCUCGUCCUCCUCGUGCGGAGAACACGUUGUGCCCACCCCAUCGCCGAGCUCCUCACGCUCCUCAUGCUCCUCACGCUCCUCACGCUCCUCAUGCUCCUCACGCUCCUCACGCUCCUUACGGCAGGAGACAGCAGGUGGAGUUUAGAGGAGGCAGGAGAGACCGAGGAAAAGGAGGAGGUGGACGAGGAGGACAUGUGGCUCAUGCGGUUCCUCCGCCUGUGCUGGAGAACCUGGCCAAGCUCAGCGUGUCUGCAGCAGAAAGCAGCAGGAACGGCGGAGCGCCUCAGGACACCAGCGAACACGGAGACAGACAUUUAGUCGAAGUAAAAGAGCCGCCGAGACAGGCUUUAGGAGACGAGAGCGCCGAAACGAGCCACCAGGAGACACCGGAUUCGAAACUCGAACAGCAUGUCACGUCAGAUGGCGCUCAAACCGGAGCGAGGGAACGAGGAACGAGGCAGGAUCGAGACAGGGGAAGGAGGCAGGGACCACGUGGACCACCGUACAGCCACCGGCACGAGAGAAACGCUCAGUGGGAUAACGGCGUGAACGUCCACCAUCACCACCACAGAGGAGCGAGAGGACACCGGGCGAGUCAUCACCGAGGAAACGGGAAAAGCUGGCAUCAGAGAACCGAGAGCGAGUUCAGGAAGGAAGGAGUUCUCUGACAAUGGGAGGAGGGAGGAGCACACACACCGACCAGCUUCCCUCCCAGCUCGCUCACCUCUCUCACCUGUUACCUGCAUCAUCAACGCCGCUGUAACACGAUUCUGCACAUCCACUGUAAUAAAAUUCUGCACCUGUGCUGUA